AUGCAAAAAAUACAUCAGCUGGAAAGCAACGAUUCAGACGAUGACAAUAUUCCACUCAGUGUUUUAAAGAAGGCUAUCGAAGAAAAUAAGGAGCCUUCCAUUUCACCAAAAUCAGUGUGUCCAAUAAAAAAUAUUGAUUUACAACACGAGGUUCCACCAGGUCCUAGAGAACAAACUCCAGAUCAACCUGAAGCUGUUGAUCCUUCUGACAGCAAUAAUCACGACCCCACUUAUAUCCAAACCUGUAAUUUUAAAAAUUGCAAACAGGAAAUAUUUGCUGCUUGUCACCGCUGUCCUGCAUUGUUGUGCUGGGAUCAUUUCAAUAACAAUAGCGACUGCAAAUAUCACGAUGAUAUUUACUCAUCUGAUUCUGAAAACGGAAGGGAUAAGGCAGAGAUCGAGCGCGAUCGCUUAGCUGCUAGGUAUGCCGUAGAUGGUGUGCAAAGAGAGGUGCCGUUUGCUAAGACAAAAAAAGGAAAAAGGCAAUAG